UUAUAGACUACGUGAUAUUGUUUUUCGUCAAUGACCUCUAUUGGAAAAAAUCCACUGGGAAUGCUCAACGACUGUUCCAGCUGCGCUGCCAAUCGAUUGGUUGUGUCAUCAACGAAAUGGCGGCGACCAGCAAAGCUUCAAAUUCUUAAAUGCUCGAGUCAAUCUUCAACUUGUUCCGAUAGCGUGGAAUACUCAAUAUGCCGUGAAGGACUUGGAACUAAAGUGACACUGGAAGUUACUGUAAAAUGCCUGGUCUGGUCGUUUUUAAUCGGCGUUGGUCGAUUGGCUCAGAUGAUCUGGUGAUAUCGGCCUCUGCUUUAGCGAUUCUUCACUUAAUCUGGCUGAUUUUCCUCUCCGUGUGUUAUGAGCUGAUAGAUUUCGACCAACCAACUGACUGUACAGGGGAUCUGGGAAAAGGUCUACUCGGCUACAUCGCCAUUUUAGUUUUUAGCGUGGCAUUUGAAAUCCUGAUAGCAUGGGUCAGCACCAGAGGCACAAUACUGGAUGUCAGACCCAGGUCCAUCAUGCCGUACCUGCUAUAUGCCAGGCUGGUUGUUCUGCUGGCAGAACUUGGCUGGAUAAUCUACGGCGCCAUCUGGAUGGCCAGCAGCUACGACACCUGCCCAGACUCCGCAACCAAGCAAGCAAGUCUUGGUAUUUUAAUCACCAGCUGGCUGAUAUUAGGACUUGUUCUGAUCUCCAUUUUCUGUGUAUUUGAUUCUGGUGGAGCUGCCUACGUCAAAUAUACCAAGUAUAAUUCCUCCCUACGACAGCAACGGAGCUGGAGGAAGCGGAAGCAAGUGCUUAGUUAUAGAAAGCGUUGGGAAAGGCGUUUUAGAUGGUGGUGCUGUUGUGUGGGCUCAGCUGACAGAAGACGGACCACCACUUUUGCAGAAAUAGCUGAUCUGUUCACCCAGUACUUUGGAGAAUUGGAUGUUGUCCCUUCAGAUGUAGUGGCUGGGCUAGUGCUACUUCGACAGUAUCAGAAGAAACGAAUGGCCAUCACUGCGUCAAAGGGAACCAAUGACAUAUACCAGUUUCUGUCUGGAGUGCCAGUGUGUCCCAACACAAGAUUUUUACGUCUUACCUCACCAGCAGUUCUAGCAGACUAUAAAAAGACUGCUCAUUUUAUGAGAUAUGCAGCGGGAGCCUAUGGCUGGCCAUUUUACAUAUAUGUUAAUCCGUGUACAGGGUGCUGUAGUCUUUUUCCUAAAUUGAUGUGCAAAUGUUGUUGCUGUUGUGAAACCAGUCUUGGACUUAAGACCACAUUGAUUGGAGACAACUGUUGUAGCUGCCAUUAUGCUGCUCUUCUGAAAAGAUCUGGGUGCAGGGAGGCAGACUUGGUCUACGUUACAUGGCACAAUCAGAUUGAUGAGACCCCUUUUUAUGUGGCAAUUGAUCAGAAGUACAAGAAGAUAGUGAUAGCAAUCAGAGGGACUUUAUCAUUUGAAGAUGUCCUCACAGAUUUGUCUGCCGACGUGGAACCUCUCCCUGUCGAUCCACCAAGAGAAGACUGGCUUGGGCAUAAGGGCAUAGUGAUGGCUGCCAAGUAUGUCCAGAGUAAACUGAAGGAGGGAAGACUGAUACAACAGGCACAGAGCAGGUGUCAGGCAGAGGACCCAAGUGGCCAGGCCUAUGGUGUGGUGGUAGUUGGUCACUCCCUAGGUGCAGGGACAGCUGCUAUCCUGGCCAUGUUACUCCAGAAGGAAUAUCCAACUCUGCAUUGCUAUGCCUACUCUCCACCUGGGGGGUUGCUGAGCAAAGCUGCAAUGGAGGAGUCCAAAUCUUAUGUUACUUCAGUGGUUGUUGGCAAAGAUAUUAUCACAAGACUUGGGCUUCCUCAGUUAGAAACAGUCCGUGCAAACUUAAUCAACAUCAUCAAAAGGAGUAGAAGUUCCAAGUGGAGGAUCAUCACAGGAGGCAUGUGUCGCUGCUGCCCUACCGAUAUGGAGAGUUAUUUUUAUGACUUCCAAGAAGAACUCAACAGGGGUUCACGGACUCCGAGAACUUCCGACUCCGCUAAUCACUCGUCUAUUGACCAAAUCAGUCAGCCACCCAGUCAGCCCCUAUAUCCUCCUGGUAGAAUCAUACACAUUGUUAGAGCUCAUCCGAAAUCAGAUGGACCUGUGUGUGGUUCCAGAGAGCCAGUAUACCAAGCCAUAUGGGCAGACAACAAUGACUUCCAUGAGAUUUUAGUUUCCCCUAGAAUGAUGACAGACCAUAUGCCAGAGAGGGUCAUGGAAGCCCUGAAUAAGGUGCUUGUGAAUGUUGGACCAAGUAAACCAAGUCGUAGACUUCCAGAACACGAGAGGAGAGCUCUCCUGACAUCAGAUACUACGGAUACUAUGGAGAUGAGAGCUCCUAGGCCUGACAACCUGUGUCUGGAGUCCAGCUACACUGGCAGUUUUCCUGAGGAGCCUGAUAUUCCCAACCCCAGUAGACAUUCCAGUCUGAGCUGGGAGUAUACAUCUCCUCUAGAGGCAGCCGUCUCCACCCCAGAUAAACUAGAUGACGCCAACCCCACUGGGGUGGUAGUCAAGCCAGGGGAGAAGACGGCCACACAGACCCAGUUAUUUUUGACUGAUGAAUUAGGCAGUUCCCCUACCAGAAGUUUAAACAGGUCUAGAACGUAUCCCUUCAGAAGUGGGAGGCAGCCUGUGAUGGUAGAUGUGGAGCCAGCCCCCAUUGCUACUCCUGAAAGCCUCUCCGAUACCUCCAGUGUGGGCUCCAGUAGCAGUGGGUCUAGGAAGUAUCUCGGUGGUUUUUUGAAACUUUCUGAAGGGUUCGACAAAAUGGACCCCAUUGCUGCCUCCCCCAGUCAUCAUAAGUCUAAAGGAGGGGACGGCAGUGUGGCGCCGCCACCUACUCCAUUACACAGCACUGUGCAGGACGGAGGGAAUGACAGCACUUUGUCUGAUAUUCUUAACUGGGCCGCCCAGCCUCCUGUUGCACAGUCUACGCCAUAUAGAAACACAAUCACCACUACAGCACAAGUUGAAUCUCACCCCAAGCAAUUGAAUCUUGAUCAGGAUGAGAAUCCUGAUGCUGACGUUGUUGACAGUAAUGCUGAAGGUGAUGGCAGCAGUAAACUGUCUGACUUCAAUACCAGAAGUCAGAUAAUUGGAGAGAAAUUGAAAAAGGCAGAGUGCACAGACUCGUAUAAACUUACGUUUGCUGAGAGUAGUUCAAGUGCGCGUCAGGCUAUUAGUGAAGGAGAUUGUACCCAAAAUGGGUAUGUCCCUCACUCCCCCACCCAUGGUAACCAGCAGUUAUAUAAUGAUGUGACAGGCCAUUAUUCUCAAGGGGGGCGUGGCUACCCUCAUGGGGGUUACCAGGCACCAUUUCAGCACUCGGAAUCUGACACCCAUUUGGACCACGCUGUGUACAAGCCAGACCAGAUACACAGAACCAAAGAUAUUGAAGAUAUUAAAGAAAUGGAGGACACUGAACCUGUCUUUGAGGACAAAGACAGUGAGGACACUCCCACUAAGCUGAUGCGGCAGAGACAUUUUAGUUCACCGGCAAUGCAAACUGUAUUGUCAAAAUCGGAAAGUAACAAAAAGUCGGAUGACCAAUUGAAACUUCUGCCCUCCCCUCACGAAGAGUUGGAUGAGGUAUUUGAAGUCUCAAGUGAAAAAGAUAGCACUUUCUAAUAUGAGUAUACUCGGAGCACAUCUGAAAUGAAACAUGCUUCAAAUUACUUCCAAUUUGGAUAGUUGUUUCUCAUUGUACAUUUGUUUAAAACGUGAGAGAAAAUAUUUUACAUAAAAACCAUGCUGUUCCCAAAUUGUAGUACCACCAAAUUGUAUUUGCUUAAAGCUUAGUUUGAUUUUGAUAGAAACCAAUUCUUUAUACAUAUCAUACAUGUAUGUUUCGUUUAUCUUUUAUUGUUAUCGUCCUGUCUGCAAUGCCAGGAGAAAGAAGGCAAGUUUGGGAUACGUUUUAAUUGCCAGCAGUAUACCCACUGGAAGAUUUUAUUCUGGGUGGUAGUUUUUAAGUUGUGAUACCUAGUAUGUCAUCAGUGGGGAAUUUUUUUGUAUAUUUAUUGUUAGUUCUUCUACGUGCUUUUAUGUUGUUGUGACAGCUUUUUACUACUGAUAUCUUCCAGUAAUACUUGCCAAAACAAAAUUUGACUGAUGCGAUGUAUAUAUUUAUUGUUGAGGAAUGCUUAAUAUGCAAAUAUUAAAUGAAAAAAUUUUGCAAUACAUUUGCCUGAUUACUUUUCUUUGUCUUAAUACUGGUAUGCUGAGGUUGUGUUUAGGUGUACUUGCUCAUGAAGCUGAUAUAUCUUUAUGUAUUGUGUGCCAUUUUAUGAAUGCAAUAGUAUUUUGUAUCGUAUGGGGGAAAAAAAGGUAGUAUCUGCACAGGAAACGGCAUCCUUUUUGUCAAGAAAUAAAAUAGGACUGCUGUGAUUGUACUGUUGUUAGAAUGAUAUUUUUACAGUAAAUAGUUCAUUUUGUUUUUAAAUAACCCACAUGAUGUUUAUAGAAAAUGUUAACACAUAUUGUGUCGCUGUUUUUUCCUCAUGGUUAUAUAUGUACAUAUUUACUUAAUUUUUACUUUCUUUCAGCAAAUGUGAAAGAUUUUGAAAAUAUUUUGUGUCUGAAUUGCAGGUUUCUAUUGCUUGCUGUUGCAGAAGCUUGCCGCAGUACAGUUUGUGUUAAUAAUGCAACAAGAAAACAUUCCAUUGUGCAACAUUAUACUUACAUUUAGAAGAUUUUGAUGGUCACAUGUUGACCUAGUUUAUAUAGUGUCCUUUGUGGGAGUAUUAGUAUUUCUGGUUCUAAAAAGAAUGUUAAUUUUGAUAUGGAGUGUUUAUAAGAAGCAAAUGUUGAAAUAAGGUUUUUAUAAGACAAAAGUGUGGGUUAACCAAAUUUCAUAUUUCAAUUUCAAAUUAAAAUUAUAGCAUUAAACUGUUUGGAAUAUCACGUUUGUAGUAAUUAUGAAGGGAGGAAUUGGGGGGGGGGGGAGUGACAGCUGAUUAAAUUUUUAAGUGUAAACUUAGCAAGUGAAUAUGUUUCAUGUAGAAAUUGUCAUGUCUCUGUGAUAGCCUUGAUGUUGUAUGCUCUUAGUUGAUGGUUGCAUAUUGCCUUUAUUGCAGUGUAAAUGUUACCAAAAAAGAAAUUGCAUCAAAAUGACUGAAAAUGUUUGCCAAAGUAUAGGUUUAUAUUGAAAAGAUCUUUGUAAAAUUGUCUCAUUCAAAAGUGACAAGUGUGUGAUUAUGGUAGCAUUUUGCUGUAUUGUUGUGCUGGUAAUUAUAAGUAUUUUUUGCUUUCAAAGCACCAGUUUGAACUGAACUGCUCUGUGUGAGAGAAAUGCACCCAAUUUGCAGAAAAUAAACAGCAUUUUAU